AUGAAGCAAGAGUUGCUGGAUCGAGCUCCUCCAGGGACGACAGCAGAAUGCAACACUAAAGGAUGGAUGACAUCUGAAAUAUUUCUGAGCUGGUUCCAACGAUUUGUCAAGUUCUCUGCUGCAUCAACCACAGACGUACCGCUAGCGAACGAUGAGUCUGAAACAGUUCCUUUAAAUGUCGGAAUCUGGAAACAACCGCAUCCAUCUAUCCUCGAAGAACAACCCCUUGAAGCAGAUUUGCCUGCUUUAACAACACCUCAGUUUCAGCCUGGACCAUCAACAACGUUGGGAACUGUAUUUUAUAGUCUGCCCACACUUCUAAUAGGUUUUCGUUAA